AUGGCGAACGGCUCAGAUACAAAGCCCGUGCCGAAGGGGCCUCGUGGUGCUCGUGCGGACGACACUCGAACGCCCCCACAUCCCGACCGACGGGGUUCGGACCGCGACCAAUAUUUUUCCAAAGACCGCAGUUAUGGCGGCCGUACGGACCGUGACUACUCAGACUAUGAUCGUGCUUACCCCCCGCCACGGGACUAUGACCGGUACGGCGGUGGAAAGUACGGCAAGUAUGACAAGUACGACAAGUACGAUCGGUAUGACCGCCUCGACUCACAUGACUAUCCUCCUCGUCGCGACCGCGACUACGACAGAUCAAGAGACGCGCGGGACACAGAUUCCAGAGACUACGGACGUCUUCCACCUCGGGAUACUCGCCCACCACCUCGGGGAGGCCGUGAGUACCGCUACGCGAGAGACGAGCGUGGCUGGGAUAGAGACCGACGAGACCUAGACCGAGAUCGAGAUCGGGACCCGCGUGACCGCGAAAGAGAUGCACGUGAUCGAGACAGAGAUCGGGAUUUUCGUGACAGAGAUCAUGACCCACGUGAUCGAGACCCCAAGGGCUACCGACCACAUUCCUUGGAUCCUUUGCCCUCUCGAGACCGUGAUAUGCCUCCCAGAGAGCGAGAGAGAGAGCUAGUGCGAGAAAGAGAUCUGUUCUCCAGAGACCGGGAUCUGAUUACCGGUGUUAGAGAGCUUGCCCGUUCUCCACCUCCUCCACUACGUGAUGGACGAAACCGAGACCGCUCAAACGACAGACACGAUAGAUCUUUUGACAAGCACACCAGAGACCGAGGCACGAGGGACAGAGACACCAAGGAGAAGGGAUCUGUAAUCUCGACACCUCAGACUGCUCCAACUCCAAGAUUAACCCCCACCAACGGAAAACCGGAUCUGCCUACCUCUCAACCGCCAGCUCCUCCUUCUCCACCACGGCUCAAAACCUUCCCCAAAGAAGUGUGGGAGACAGUGGGCAGGAAAAACAACACAAGACUAACUUACGAUCCCGAGCUUUCCAAGGAUAAACAAAAAGGCAAGAGAGGCAUUUAUGAGGAGGUCAAAAAAGGAGCAUCCACAACUGAGGAUCCUCGAAGCAAACAUCCGCAUUAUUUCAAGACUUCCAGCAAGUCCAACAAAAAGCCGUAUCAGAGAUUACCGGUGCCCAGAUUUCUGUACGACGCAAAUUCUAUCGCACCACCUCCAUCAACUCAGAUCAUUGUCAAGGGUCUUUCUUCACUAACUACCUCUAAAACUAUCACUGCCCAUUUCAAGACAUAUGGUGAGCUUGAAGCCGUCAACAUGGUAGAGGACCCUGCUACAGGUUCUUCAGUGGGAGCAUGUCUGGUUCGAUUCAAGGUGACGAAAAACAAUUACGAGGCCGCCCAUGAGUGCCUCAAAAAGGCCAUCCGAGGCCAAAAAACAGGACGAAUUGACCAGGCCAAGUACAGAGUGGAGCCAGAUGAGGAUGGAGCCAAGGCCAAGGAUAUCAUCAAAAGAGUGGCAGCUCGAGCAGCUAAGAAAGCCAUGCCUGUCAAGCAGCCUCCUACUGCACCUGCUGCAGACAAGUCCAUCAUGGAGAAACUGCCCACACCUGUUCCUUCAGCUCGGCCAUCUCCAAAGGCAGCGCAGUUGAUGAAAACCAGCGCAUACAUCUUCAUUGCUGGUAAGUACCUACCGUCAGAAAAAGUGUUUGCAUCUGAUAUUCGUCGGAUUCUGCGUGACUUCGGCUGGUUUGAUGUUCUCAAGGAAGGAGAUGGUUUCUACGUUUUCUUCGACAACAACAGGGAUACUGUAGAAUGUUACGAGGCCAUGAAUGGCAGAAAGGUGAAUGGCCACCAGAUGGCUAUGGCUAUGAUUCGACUUUCUCGAGUUGCUCCCAAGACCAAAGAGAGCGAGGAAAACGCCACCGAGCAGGCCCCCAAGCUCCCUCCUAAGGAAGAGGCCCGGAAACUCAUCGUACAGGAGUUGGCCAAUAGUCUCCGUAAGGAUAUUCGGGAGCGGGUAAUUGCUGCAGCCAUUGUGGAGUUUCUGAAUCCAGCUCGAUUUACUCAUAUCAAGCAGGAUCCUGAGCCAUCUGCCGCUACUGAACCCAACACUGUUAACGCCAGUGCCGCUCGAGUAGAUACUCCCGAGCCUGUGCAAUCGUCUUCUGCGAUCCCAGGUUUCCUUCCUCGGUUCAAAAUCAAGCGAAAGGGUGAUCCGACCAAGAAGAAGGAUGCCACCAAGAAGAACCGAAAGAAGAUAUCUGCUCGUCCCAUGAACCACGUUCUCAACGACUACUACUCGGAUGAGGAAGACAGCACUCGAAUGUCGACUCCCAUUGUCCCUGAUACCUCCGCUGACGCUGCCGAACUUCCUAUUAGAAAACCCCGCAAGAAGAUCAGUCAGUCCAAGCAGCGAAUUAUGGACUUCAGCAGUUCUGAAGGCUCGAAUGAGUCCGAGGAAGAGGAGGAAGUGGAGGAUGAUAUGGAAGAAGAAGAGGACGAAACUGCGCAGGAGGAACUCCAAGAAGCAUCGACUCUCGAUACUUCCCAACAACUUACAACUGCAUUCGGCGAGAUUCUCGACUGGGCUCCUGCUCACGGUUUCCCUCAACCUGUAACAGCCGACAAAAAGGGUGGUGCUCUGACUACCAUAUCAGGUUUCCAGGCGCUGGUUAAGGACGACGAAGAUAUGGAGUUGCUCCAGGAGGCCCUGGAGGGUAUUGAGCCUGAAAAGAUCAACGGAGAAGCAUGGACGUGGACCCAUAAACAUCUCAACGAGGCUGUAGCCAAGGAAAACGCAGAGUUCCCCGAACUGGCUGCUCCCAACGCGUUUGUUAACUCCACUGGCUCAUGGAAGUCUCAGGGAUACUUCAAGAUCCCUGAGGCUGCCAAAUCCGAAUACCUGCCUCACCGAAAGAAGCUCAACAUCCCCAUCGACACGCUUCAAAUGGAAAACCGAGAGAAAAAGAAGGAGAACGCCUCCAACUCGCGAGUUAACCGUGCCAACAACCGGAGGCUGGUGGCAGACAUCAACAUGCAGAAACAGCUGCUGUCCACCGAAACCGAUGUGCUCAACUUCAAUCAGCUGCGAAAGCGAAAGAAGCCUGUCAAGUUCGCUCGUUCAGCUAUCCACAACUGGGGUCUCUAUGCUAUUGAGCCCAUUGCAGCCAACGAGAUGAUCAUCGAGUACGUCGGAGAAGUUGUGCGACAGGAGAUUGCCGACUUGCGAGAAGCUCGGUACAUGAGGUCAGGUAUCGGAUCUUCAUAUCUGUUCAGAGUUGAUGAAAGCACUGUCGUGGACGCCACAAAGCGAGGAGGUAUUGCUCGGUUCAUCAACCAUUGCUGUACCCCCAGCUGCACGGCCAAAAUCAUCAAGGUGGAGGGUCAAAAACGUAUCGUCAUCUAUGCCUCGCGGGACAUUGCUGCCAACGAGGAGCUCACAUAUGACUACAAGUUCGAAAAGGAGAUUGGAGAAGAGAGGAUUCCCUGUCUGUGUGGCGCACCUGGCUGCAAGGGAUACCUCAAUUGA